CCUUCCUCUCACCCACCCGUUCCCAUCGUCACCCCCACCGCAAACGCCCAGCAUGUCCGCUGCUGUGAUGAACGUGCGUACGCAGCCGGGACUCUCCGCCCGCGCGCCCUUGGCGGCACACCUCCAUCUGCGCACGGCGCGAGGCUUCCGCCGUGCUUGCGCGCGCACGGCCGUCAGACACUUUGCGCCGUUGCCGUGCGAUGCGCGCAUCGCUGCGAUGCAGCACGCCACUUGCUCGAUCUGGCAGUCGCACAGGCGAUGCGCAGCACCAUUCACAGCGGCGAGCAACUCGGCAUGCAGCGCACGCCUGGCGGCCCUGCCAGUGCGCGGCGCGAUCUCCUGAGCCCGCCGGUUUGGCGCUAGCAUCUCAGCCGGAUGUGCAGCCGUCUGCUGGCUAGUGUCUCGCCCUACCCGUUCUGACGCCUCUCUUCUACAGCUGGCCUUCAUGUUUGGCGCCAUGCAGGUCGCCAAGCGCAUCCCCUUUGACGACAAGCCGGAGUACAUCCUCUACGCCCGGGCGGCGUACGUGGGCGCCCAGCUGCUCUGUCUGCUCAUCAACUACGUGAUCUCGCUGCGCAUCAAGUCGAAGAACGACCUGCGCGUGCUCAAGUACGUCGAGCCCAAGAGCGCCAUGAGCCAGGAGCCCGGCGAGCUCGUCACGACGACGAACCGCGACUACGACCUCGCCGAGGUCAGCAAGGCCACGCGCGGCGUCCUCAUGGGCACGCUGAUGGUCGGCUUCAUGCACCUCUACAUGGGCUACACGAACCCCCUCGUGAUCCAGUCGAUCCUGCCCGUCAAGAACGCGCUCGAGUCCAAGGAGGCGAUGAUCUGGCUGUGGGGCAAGGAGGGCGCGGAGGAGUACAAGCGCCCCUUCAAGGCGGCGCCGGGCAUGUUCGGCAUGGGCGGCCCGCAGGGACCGCAGACGGACAAGGCUGCUAUCGCCGCCGCGGAGCGGGCUGGCGGCGCGUCGGCCGCUGGCGACAAGAAGGCCGAGUAAAGGCCGGGAAGUGACAUGCAGCUCCGCCGCCGCCCAAGCUCAAGAUGCACG